AUGCCCCUUAACCCCUCGCCGCGGAAGGUAGUCCCGCUUAAUUCUGGCGACGAUGGGCCGUCCCGCAGACCAGCUCCGACGCUCACUCUGCGCGCUUUCUUUUGUGGUGUAGUCGUCGAAGGACCAGAUGAUGCUAACGAUCUCCCUGAAGACGUCAAGGACCUCGUCUCGUCGCUUGGCGAAAGAAUGCCGUCAGAUAGGGUAGACGAGGAAGCCCCUCAGACCCCUGCAAGCUCUGCUCAAGUGAGUCCUCCCGGUGAACAAAGCCGGCCUCGUGCUCUUACAAACACCAGUGCUCUCGCCGAUCUUAUCAACGAGCUAGUCAGCACCGAGCGGAACUAUGUCCAGCGUCUUCGCAUGCUAAAGAACUCGUAUGCAGACCCCCUACGGUCUUAUGCACGUAGCAAGGAUACCGCCAUAAUAGCCGCAUACGAAGCUAAAAUCCUCUUUGGUAACAUCGACCAACUAGUGCCUAUUAAUGAAGCGUUCCUUCAAGACCUUGAGCGGAUGGCAUCUCCAAACGGUUUACAGACCGUCGGCGGUGUUAGCGAUGUAGCUCUAUACCACUUCAAAGAACUCCGAGCCUUUGAAUGUUAUAAGCAAUACUAUGCAAAAAGGGAGGAGGCUCAGGCUAUUUUCAAGCGAGAAAUGGCAAAGAAGUCAUCCACCGGUUUUGCAGCGUUUGUUGAGCGUAUAAAAUACUCGACCAACGACGCAAAGAAUCGAGUUGGCUUGCGGGAAUUGCUCAUGGAACCUGUUCAACGGAUACCUCGUUACACUCUUCUCUUCCGAUCAAUGAUAAAGUUAAUGGGAGCCUCUGAUCCGCAGCGCGCAAAGCUCAUGGAGGCGGAUGAAAUUGCUAGUCGCAUAGCACUAGCUGAAACUGACAGCCAUACGCGUCUAGCAGCGACAUUGAACUGCCUUGCCCUUUCCAUUGAUGGAUUUCCGCCCGCUUUAAUCUCGAGCAAUAGACGCUUCAUUGACUGCAUUGACGUUGUUGACAAUCUUUCGGAUGCCGCUGGUCUGAGCUCCUCUGGUAGCUUUCCUUCAAACACUUCUAGUAAUUCUACACCGAUAAGCUCAUCCAAUGCUGCGGCAUCUUUACAUUGCACCCUCUUUCUUUUUGAUGACAAGCUCAUGAUUGUCAAACGUCCCGGAACAGAUAAACCAGGUCGCUCACUCGCCUGUUUGGAUGACGUUGAACGUCUGGCCAGUGGCGGUGGUAUUGUCUCUGGUCGCGGACGUGGUAUCGCGAGUAGGCUUCGCAGUGUUAUGACCUGCAAAGGAGUCGUAGAUAUAACUGACGUGAGCGUUACGGACAUAAGUGGAGCUGAUAUGCAUCUAUAUCUCGAAAGCCCUCCUCUUGAUCAGACAGACCGCUGGGCAGGACGUCCAUUUCGAGUAUUCUCGACUGUGUUGCCUGGAACAAGUUAUGUGGAUACGGGACGUUUGGAGAGGGAGAAGAAGCGGUUUUUAGAAAACUUAUGGCGCGUGCAGGCUCGUUAUCGGACAAAGCAUGGCCAGAGCGUUGCUCUCCGUGCGGAGGACCAAGAGGUAGAAUCGCGAGGCGGAAAAAUCACUGUGGCACGAACGUACUUCAAUGUCUACCAGCGUACAAGGUUUCUCACGGAAGCCAAGAAGACGAAAAUCGUUUUGCACAUCGAUUCACUUGGGGAUGCGGAUCCGCUGCUAUUUGGCAUGGAUGGGCCUCCAUACGUUGUAAUUCGAGUAAGGCCUAUACCAGGAGACCUCUGCCGGUAUUCGGUACUUUCCUGCGAUCCCGAUGAAGAGCCCGACGAGGAUGUCGUUCAGUCAGCCCGUAUCCCCUCGCGAGUAAUUCAAACGAUCCACCAGUAUGGAUUAUUUAAGUUCAAGACCGACAAUCCUUCGCGGCCUGCGACUCCCUCUGGCGGCAAUCGCUCCCGAGCGCAUAUCUUCGGACUGGAUGUAAUCUCCCGCAACCUUUUCGGUACUUCGAGAAGCAAAGACUCCUCGAAUGACUCGAUGAGCAGACACCGACGUUCAAAGUCGGCCCUAAGCCGUUCUUCAACGCUCGGUACGGACUCAACUGGAACGGUUGCCACGGCCGACAGUUCAACCCGAUUCUCUCACCGGACAACUUCAACAUUAGCGACGUCGGUAUCGUCUUUCGCUGUUGAUGAUAGUUCUCUCAACAAGAGGAACUCACGGUCAAGGAAACUCGUCAAGCGAAACAGAUCACGCUCUCCCGCAACUACUCUUGCCGAUGAUGACGAAUAUUUGUCAGAGAACGAGCCGGGCAAUGAAUCUCUGACUCGUAGAAGAGCGCGUUCAAUGUCGGAGAUGAGGUCCAAUGCCAGCAUAGAGUACAGUGAUCACGAAGAUGCAGAUACGACAAUGCUAGACUUCCGGGAAAGAGGUCGUGUGACAGAGUCGGAAAUGGAUUUGUCGAUGCGUCUUGAGCUAGCGCGUCGUAAUAGCCGAAAUCAGCAUGGACGGAUAAUCACGCACGAUCUCAUGGAUAUCCCGGUUGAAGAAGUGAUCUAUGAGGAAGAGCCACCACUACCAACUACCCGACCCGUUUCUCGUGCGUCGCGUCGCUUGAAUUCAGUGAGCGACCAUGGUCGUCGCAGUCGUAGUCGACAAUCCACGUCUCCUCAACUCACAGCACGCUCCGUAACACCGACUCCAGGUCCCGGUUACGAAUCACCUCGAAAAGGUCGUGCGGAAUCAUUCACUUCUAAUCGAGAACGUCGCCCCAUUGGCCCUCGAGCUCCCUCGCCCUCACCAUUCGCCCCGACCAGUCCGACUCGUAUGUCUCCUGAACGUCCACGAACUCCUGAGGACGAAGAAUUGUUGGAGAACACGUUUGAUGACCAAGAGAUGUUCACUUCUACGAUGAUACACGAGGCUACUUCUCGCAUUCCGCGCAGUAAUCGUCAACCAUACGUACCACUACAAUCGACUCCCAAGGGAAAGUCAACUAAUGCCACUGAUGAGACCCCUGGAAUAGUACCACUGUCAAUCAAGAAGAAAGCUCUGCCCACACCAUCGGCAAGAAGGCCGUUUGUUAAAGAUUCACCCUUGACGAACCCAAACUCGAGGAUCGGAGAUAAUCAUGCCGCACUUCAACGGAUGGACUCAUGCAAUUCAGUUUCUGAGGCCGACGUCUCCUCUAUGAAGGAGGACCUUGCGUUUUCGCGGGAUUUGGUUCGUGUUGCGGAGACAACUCGCGAAGACCUCGAAUCAUCCCAUCGUGCUCUGAAACGAAUCAAGCUAGAGGUGAACGCUCUUCCUGCGCGUAUAACUCAAGACAGUCCUAAGGCUCCAGACCUACGGUCAAAAACCCCUUCUCGUGGCUUGGUUCCCACUUCGUCAAGGACAAAUGCUGUGACCAAGGAAGCCGAAGCACGUAUGGAAGAAAUGUUUUCGAUGAUUGGACAACGAAAAGGUGGAUUGGUUGCACCCCGUGCUGUUCGCGCAAACACCAUCGGCGAGAGCAAUUCAAGCGGGUCGCAAAGGUCGAUCAGUAGUUCAGCUGAUGCCUCGGAAAUUCGGAACUAUUUAAAAGCACUGGAUGAAAUUGUAUCAGAUGCCGAAAGUGACUUGGGCCGGACGGUAGGCAAUUAUGCCAAGGUAGAGGACGGAAUAAAUCGCCUGGUCUCGAGCUUGCAAGAUCGCACCAAAAAUCUCGAGAACACGUCCUUGACGUUAAAGAGAGCGAAACGACAGUGCGAGCUUCUGAAAGAAUUAUUGUCGAACGCAACGGCGGAGAACGAGAUACUGUAUGGAUCAUUUAAUGAGGAGCUAGAAGGGAUGUUCCAGGACGUGACCUUGCCUGCUGAUGAGGCUUGGGUGGCUAUGACUGCCGAUCUCAGCGAGACUAAAAAGGAAAGAUUCCGCCUUUCCAAAGAAAACAACGACCUGAAGCGGCAAUUACGGGAGACCGAACUGCAACGAGACGAAUGGGCUGCACUGUUGCGGCAUCAUGGACUCAUUCCUUGAC